CUAUUUUUGCUGCAGUUUCUCAUUGGUUUUGCGCCGUUGUUCGGUCUGGUAGCCUUUCGUGUCCGAGGUAAGACAGUUCCAGUAAGUGUCCAUACCGCCGUUGUGCUUCGCCCUCCUGCGGAAGUCACUCCAUCACCCCUUCGUUCUUUCCAGCAUUGCUCCAGUCUCUGCGUCGAUUGCUAUUUAUUUCUCUGAUAGAGACAUUUAUCUGAUCCUUUGUUGUUUUCUCUUUGCAUAACUUCUCCUUUUCUCUACAGCAAACUUUUCUUCCGGUUCCUGUUCCUGACCUCCUUCUCCGACAAAGUCAAGCCUCUGAACCACCCAAUUUCUCCUCCGUGGCCUCUACAACCAAUUCUCCGUCACUCAAUCCCCCAAAAAAAGACCUCCAAAAUGACAAACGCCGCACUCGCAGCCACCACCAUCCCCGCGGCCACCAAGCCCGUCCCUUCCGCGCAGAACGGCGUUGAAACCCCUCUCUUCUCUACAAACCUAAUCUCCCCCGAAGUUCUCGCCGUCCUCCCCCCCGGCUACACAAUCCGUCCCCUCCAGCGCUCCGACUUUCAACGCGGCUACCUCGACGUCCUGCGCGUGCUGACGACCGUGGGCGACGUGGAUGAAGACAAGUGGAACCAGCGAUACGACUGGAUCUCUUCGCGCAACGACGAGUACUACCUGCUGGUUGUGUGUGACGAUGCGGAGCGGAUUGUGGGUACGGGUAGUUUGAUCGUGGAGCGCAAGUUUAUUCACUCGUUGGGGCUUGUUGGCCAUAUUGAGGAUAUUGCGGUGGAGAAGGGGCAGCAGGGGAAGAAGUUGGGGUUGAGGAUUAUUCAGGCGCUGGAUUUUGUGGCGGCGAGGGUUGGGUGCUAUAAGAGCAUUCUCGAUUGCUCAGAGGCCAACGAGGGUUUCUACGUCAAGUGCGGUUUCAAGCGUGCUGGACUCGAGAUGGCGCAUUACUACUGAGAUUCUUCAUAAUGACUUCACGGAUCAUUGUCUGUCGAAUGUUUAUCCUGGCGUUUCCUAAAAUUACAUAUUGAGAGCGACUAGAUAGAUUUCGAGUCUUCGUUUCGAUUGAGAUCCUGAAAGCGAGACGAACCCGACUAGAUGUGCUGGUAUUGCAUUAAGAUCAACGCAUUGAUGGCUCCAUGAUCAAAUGCGACUCGUCUUUAUAUAGCGGGACAUUAAUGGACUAUAGAGUUACGGUUUCUAUUCAUGGCGAAUCGUGUGAUUAGUUAUCCCCGCGAGCAAAACUUUUUAGGGUAUAAUACAUGUUACCUUCAUUGAUUGUUCAUAGACUAUCUUUCGGAGAUACGGCUGGCCUCAUAAGCGAACAGCCUCCUAAGAGGAUC